AUGUCUGACGAUACCAAUUACUUAUCACCACAUGAAGCUGCACUAGCAAUAGUUGCUACAGCAAUGAAAAAAGCUAGAUUAACGAUUGAUGUUCUCAUUAUAAACUCAAUAUUGGGAGGUAUCUUCUUUAGUUGUGGUGGUUUAUUACUCUUGGCUGCACAUGCUGAUAAUCCAGUACUGUUUUCGGAGAACCCUGGUAUACCCAAUAUGUUUUCUGGUUUUACAUUUGCCAUAGCAUUGUAUUAUGUUAUCAUAACAGGUGUGGAUUUAUUUAACUCAAAUAUAUUAUACUUUAGUGUUGCACUACUGCGACGUGCAGUCACAAUAUAUGAUCUUUUAAUUUCAUGGUUUGUUAGUCUGUUAGGAAAUAUUGCAGGCUCUCUAUUUGUUUCAUAUUUAUUUGGGUUUCUGUCUGGAAUUGGAAAACAAACAGAAUGGAGGUCAGCUUCAAGGAAGAUAGCAGAGCAAAAACUAUCUUUCUCCUUUAUUGAAACUUUUCUGAAAGCUAUUGCCGGUAAUUUUUUGGUGUGUUUAGCUGUUUAUUUACAGAUAAUGGCUAAACCAAUUCAUGUGAAAUUUAUUGUGUUAGUUUUACCUAUUUACACAUUCAUUACCAUCGGUUUUACACAUGCAGUUGGUGACAUGGCUGUUGUUUUUGUUGGAAUGUACAAUGGAGCCAAAGUCUCAGUUGGAGAAUAUAUAUGGAAACUACUGAUCCCUGGAGCAGUAGGCAAUAUAAUUGGUGGAUCAGCAUUUGGUAUAGUGAUACCAUUUUAUUUGCAUCUUAUUGUUGUUGAAAGAGAUAAUAAAGGUUUGGGAUUGCCACAAUACGAUUUAAGAGAUGAACAGCCCGAAGUAAAUAUGGACUCCAGAGUGGUCAAAGUUAGUAAGCCAACUGAGAAUCUGAUCGAUGACGAACUAAAUGAGGAAACAGACCAUAGUGUACGCUCCGAUAGAACAUCGAUAGCUGCGAAUACGGAUAAUGAAACUGAGUCAGUGACAUCCGUUGAUUCUGAGCUGGAGUCUACAAGUUACGCGUCUCAAUCUACUACAGAUACUCCAUCAAUUGGCAUAUACCACGGUGAAACCUCGUCGAUUCGACCAAAGCCAUCGGUGAGGUCAGUAAGAACAAACAUGUCCAAAGUAGCAAAAAUUCAGACAAAAGUAAAUUCUCCAGCAGGGUUAUUUCCGGUGUAUGGUAUGGGAGAACCACUUGAGAGAGAGAAGACGAUCCAGUCGGGCUUUCGCAGUGCUUCUAAUCAGUCAGUUAUGGACUCAGUAGACAGGACUACCCCUAGACCUCCCCCUUCUAUCAGCCAUUACACUUCAGCCUAUUCUGCUAGACAGAAUAUUGAUGAACAAGGCAAUAAUACAACUAACGUUAUAACUAACAGGCCCGGUGCACGUUUAGAGAAAGCUAUAACAAGAAUUGUACGCGCAGGUAAUGAUACGCAACCUGAUGAUUCAUUGCCAAUUACUAACCAAGACCUUCAAAAUUUUGAAGGUAAUAAAGAGAAGGAUAAAAAAAAUCAUCUGCAUUCGAUAACGUUCCAUUAA